AUGUACAAAGUUGAACUUGUAGAUUCAUCCGAAUUCAAGGAUCGUUCUAAAUACUAUAAACACCUUUUACAAACAUAUUUUCAAUGGAGUUUUCUAAAAUACUUUGUAUAUACUAUAAUCUGGUUGAUUGGUGGCAGAGUAAUGAUCAUACUAUAAUCUAAUAGAUAUCAAUCCUAUAUUCGAUGUAAGGGUUGUAUGUAAUCAUAACUGGAUUUGCAUUAAUCUUUACUAAUUUGGGUACUAGAGAAAAAGGCACUUUAAGUGCAUAUAGCAUAUUUAAUAAAGGAUAUAAGAAGUUGAUGGGUUAGAUGACUGAAGAGGAUGUGGCUAAUAUGUAUAAUAUGGGUGGAGUGAAAAAGAAGAAGGAUGAUUAAAGCGAUGAUGAUGAUGAUGAUAAAAUCUCAAAGGAUUUUGAAGGAUUAUCAAUGGAAUAAAUGAUGGCAAAAUUGAGCAAGUUGGGGAAUAAAUAAUGUUUUUGUAAUUCAGGCAGAAAAUAUAAAAAAUGUCAUUAUUAUAUACAUUAAAGAAUUAAAUAAUAAGAAGAUGAAGAUAGAAGAAAAGGAAUUAAAUAAAAUUGAU